AUGAAUCGCUGCUUGGCGUCGCUACAGCCGUCCGCUGACGUGGCGAGACUGGUGGCGAAGGAGGAGUUGGAAUCGGUGGAGGCGACUGUAGCAGUGCACCUGGACGUGAGUGCGGGCGCGGGGGAAGAGGGGAGAGAGGGGGAGAGAGGAGGGGAGAGGAAGGGAAGUGGGAGCUUCUGUACGUGUGUGGGAGUGGGAGAGGAGGGGAGGAAAGAAGGGGACCUUGCUCCCCCCGGUUGUUCCGGCUGCGCCGCCGCUAAAUCAGAUGCCUCCGCCGCCCUCUGCGCCAUGCGCCGCAUCGCCAUGGAGUCUCUUAAAGACCACUCGCUGCGCUUCGUCCUCGGCUCCCCCUCCCCCGCGCGCGCCGCCAAUGUGACCGCGUACUUCGACCCCCUUCGCGCGCCCCUGCUGCUUCGCGCGGGAGAGGAGCGGCGGAAAAAGUGCGCGUUUGAGCAGAUAAGGGGAGCGGAGGGGGAAUGGCAGGGGGAAGCGGAAGGCGGAAGCGGAAGAGGGAGGCGGCUGAACGAGGAAGGCAGCGGCGGCGCAGGGGAACAGCCGAGGGUUGUGAGAGCGGGGAGGGAUCCGAUUCUGCUGUGCCAUCAGUUGCGGGUGUCGGAGCUCUUCACUCUCAGCCGCGCCCAGGGCUUCCUCCCUAUCAACUCGUCCUCGAUAGAAGCGCGUUUCGUUACAGCGCAGGGGAGGGCACGGUCGGCAGCGUUCGAGGUGGCGCGGUCGGUGUGCGAGUCGGAGGAGGUGCUCCCCAUUCCGCAGCAGAAGUGGGCCAAAUUCACCUUCGUCGAAGAGCAUCUGGGAAUGGCCUACUGCGGCAUUCCCGAGGUGGCAUCCACCACGUGGCUGCAGUGGAUUCGCGCUCAGAGCGGCCUGCCUUACGCGGACAAGGAGCCGCUUAUAAGGGAGACGGGGCUGCACCGCCUCUCAGCCAACUUCACCGAGAAAGAGGCGGUGAGUGGGGAGGGCAUGAGGGAUGAUGGGUCGUGA